UGCCCUCUUUUGACGCUUUAAUACAACAAUAAAAUUAUGUUUUGUUUGAGACAUGAAUUGAAUGAAUGAUUGAAUGAUUUAAUGGUAUUUAUGUUUUGAUUGAAAUCAAAUCACAUCCAAAAUCAACGCCAAAGACAUCAAUGCCUGACAUCAAAGUCACGCCUUUGGGCGCCGGUCAGGAUGUGGGCCGAAGUUGUGUUUUGGUGACAAUCGGAUCCAAAAAUGUGAUGUUUGACUGUGGUAUGCAUAUGGGUUAUAACGAUGAGCGCCGAUUUCCUGACCUGUCGUAUAUCACACGCGAUGGACCAUUGAAUGAGUUCUUGGACUGUGUUAUUAUAACUCACUUUCAUUUAGACCAUUGCGGAGCACUUCCUUAUAUGUCUGAAAUGAUUGGCUUCAAUGGACCCAUUUAUAUGACUCAUCCGACAAAAGCCAUUUGUCCGAUACUUUUGGAGGACUUCCGUAAGAUUUCAGUCGACAAAAAAGGCGAAACAAAUUUCUUUACGUCACAAAUGAUUAAGGAUUGUAUGAAAAAAGUAGUGGCCGUUAAUUUACAUGAAGUUAUCAAAGUGGACGACCAGCUCGAGAUCAAGUGUUACUACGCCGGUCAUGUGUUGGGCGCCGCUAUGUUUUACGUUCGGGUCGGCCAACAGUCGGUUGUUUACACCGGAGACUACAAUAUGACUCCCGAUCGGCAUUUGGGUAGCGCUUGGAUUGACAAAUGCAGACCCGAUCUGUUAAUUACAGAAUCGACUUACGCGACCACUAUUCGCGACUCAAAGAGAUGUCGUGAAAGAGAUUUUUUAAUGAAAGUUCACGAAUGUAUCGAAAAAGACGGCAAAGUUUUGAUACCAGUGUUUGCAUUGGGAAGGGCUCAGGAAUUAUGUAUUUUAUUAGAGACUUAUUGGGAACGUAUGAAUCUAUCAAAAGUUCCCAUUUAUUUUGCCAUUGGUUUAACAGAAAAGGCUACCAAUUAUUAUAAAUUGUUUAUUACGUGGACUAACCAGAAAAUUAAGAAAACAUUUGUCCAGAAAAAUAUGUUUGAUUUUAAGUACAUAAAGCCAUUUGACAGGUCAUACUCAGACAAUCCGGGACCGAUGGUUGUAUUUGCCACACCCGGUAUGCUUCACGCGGGUCUGUCAUUACAUUUGUUUAAGAAAUGGGCGCCUAAUGAGAAAAAUAUGGUAAUUAUGCCGGGAUUUUGUGUGGCCGGCACUGUUGGUCACAAAAUUUUAAAUGGAGCCAAAAAAGUUGAAUUUGAAAACAAGCAAUCAGUUGAAGUGAAGAUGUCUGUCCAAUACAUGUCUUUCAGCGCUCACGCGGACGCCAAAGGAAUAAUGACUUUAAUACAACAAUGCGAACCAAGGAAUGUGCUGUUAGUUCACGGAGAGGCUGCAAAAAUGGAGUUCCUCCACAAGAAAAUUAAACAGGAGUUUGAAGUUGAGUGCUAUAUGCCGGCCAAUGGCGAAACCGUCUCAAUUGGUACUAAAGUCAGUAUUCCAGUCGAUGUCGAGAUAGAUCUUCUUAAGCGAUCACUGAAGGCUUCGAGUGAAAACUCUGAUCCAAAAAGACCGAAACUACUUCAUGGAACUCUUAUGAUGUCAAACACGGGAACGGGACCUCAAUUUAAAUUAAUUGAUACAAAUAAAGCAAUGCAAGAGUUGGGUAUUAAACCGCAUGUCAUUAACUUUACAACAAAAGUGAAACUCAACACAAAAUAUAGUCCACAAAAAUUGACAGAAUUUUUGUUUCAAAAGUUGAAAAAUAAACUUUUGGAUCAGCACGACAUCAAAAUGGCAAAUGAAUGUACAAUAAUUGCAUCGACAGCUAAUAUAAGGGUUGUCAGUAUUAGCUCGAGUAGUGAUAUCAAAGAAGUUUAUAUUUCUUGGUCCGAUCACGAGGAAGCGUUGGGCAGUUAUCUCAUUAAUUUCAUAACAGGACUCCAGCGAUCACUCGAUGCAUAAGCAAUGAAAUGAUAUCUAUUUUUGGAUCCAAUAUUUCCGU